CUAUUGUUGUGUCCGGCGGGCGGGGGUAGCAAUAACUGCGCAGUAAGGGUGCACUGGAACUUUUACCUGAGUUACGUACGGCUUGCCAUUCAGUAGUGUACCACACUUCGGAGUGACUGGAUAUACAUAAUUAUGCGGCCUGUAAAUUUUAGAUAUAGGGGUUCUUCGAGAGAUGAGUGGGUUAUCGUGGAAUGGCCAACUAAAAAGCGUGAUUUGGUCAACAUGCUAUCUAUUUUGUGCCCUUCGCAAUUUGUGAAAGCCGGAAGAUAUGUUAACCUGCACUGGGCUGGGAGGGAGCAUUCGGCACUUGUUGUUGCGGUUUCAAAUGAUCGUCAAAGGCUGGAAAGUAUGAUGAAACGACCAAGGUCACCUGUAGCAGGUCCUAGCAGGAGCAGGAAGAUGGAAGAGAUCGAUGGGGAUUAUUCCUCGAGUGCUUCGUCUUGGAAGCCAAGUGAUGAUGACACUACGUCGUCGGCAGACUCCGAUGAGGACAUCCAAGCAAUCAGAAAGCACAAAAUUAUUGCCAAGAAACGUCGACUAUUAAACCGACAUUCAAUGAAUAACCUAGUGACUCCAAAGCACAGGUCCCCUCCAAUUGAAUCGCGUUCUGAGUCGUCAUUAAAGAGUUUACACAGAAAGAACGUAAAGUCCCAGGAUGGUAGAAUUAACAAGGGAUGUACAGACAGCUCAUUGCCGGCUUUGGCAAGAAAUAUCAGCGCUGAGAGAAAAAAUCAGAAUAUUCAACCAAUUACAAGAGCCGAUUAUCUUUAUCGUAUUGAAAAUUUGUUAACGAGUUUUGAGUGCCUACUACAUUCUAUCAUGGAACGCAGAAACAAUAUGUCGCCGAAGGCUCGGCGGCUGGAGGAGUCACCCCAAGCAACACAAUGGCAUAAGUCGCCCGAGGCGCGAGAAGAGUGGCAUGAGCCACCCGACGCACCAGAGUGGCAUGAGCCACCCGAGACGCAACAAUGGCGAGAGUCGCUCGAGGCGCCACAGAGGCAUGAGUCAUCUGAGUUAUCGAAGUCAUCGGAGUCACUGGAUGCACAGGCUUAUAAUAGGAAACAACAGCGAAAACAUAUGAACGGCUUUCUAGAUGAGGCUCAAGCUGGCCCCAGCCGCCCCGUGGAAUCCACGGAGGAAGAUCAUGAGGAUGAGUUUGAUCGAUCAGAUGACGAGGUCCUCAUCAGUAACAAGUUCAGCAAAGUUCUCAAUAAAGAAAUUCAUAGAAUGAAAAGGGAUAAAAAUAUCAAUCUUAAAACUAUAGAGAAAAGUAUAAAGAGGCUCGCAGACGAACUAAAAAUAAGUAAAGCAAUUACCGAAUUUAAAGCCAAUGAGGAAAAUGAAAAUAACAUUACUACCAUACAACCAAUACAGAAACUAGAUAAAGAAUGGAUCGGCAUUGGCACCGGAAAAACAUUGGUGCAUAAGGACAAGUUCAAAAAUGUCAACUGGAAGUCCUAUUCAAUUGCCACAAGGACUUUGCUUCUUGCAGUCUUUCCAAGACGAAUCUUGGCUACACAUUCUUUGACUGGAAAAAAGUCGCCAGCCUUCCUUCACAAGCCAGCCAAAUUGUGCCUGGAUCCACAAACAGUUGCUGAUGUAAUUUAUGAGAUUAUGGAUAAAUUUGGCGUAGAAGAAAGUUUAGUUCGGGCCACCAUUACUACUAAGUGCUCCGAUGAGGCUAAGAUGCUCAAAAUGCGUCACGAUAAACGUGAAGAUGACGAAAACAUCCCGCCGCCACCAAAUGCAGACGGAAACGCCUAGAUGUUGUUAGUUGACCAGUUAUACGACUACAAUGCGUAUAGCAUUUCCGAUACCUACGUUAACCGAUUACGCUAAUAUAUUAUACGUUACACAUUAUCCAUAAAAGAUACAAAGGUAAGAAGUCCCACCACUCACCUGAAUGAUUUAAUAACAUUUGCUAAGUUAUAAACCGAUUUGGUAAGAAAUUAGAAACUAAUAAACAAAAAUUUUGAGUUUAGUCAAACACUUUGAUAAAAGCAAUGCAAUAGAUUCCGUUGGUCUGUAACAUACACCAUGUGGGGAAAGUGGCAAAUAUGGGCUCGAUCCAUAACAGAUUGUUAUUCUUAUAGUUUGGCUGUUUAAGGUAAUUAAUUGUUAUCUAAUUGAAUUGAUUAUUGUCAAAUGUGAUUGUCUUGUUUUAAUAUUAAUUGUAAGUUAAUAAGUCUAUUGUAAGUCUCUGCGUCCUUCUGCGAUAUGGUACGAAUAGAAAUACAAAAGGGUUCCUAAAAUUUAAAAAAAGUCUAUUCGACUAAGUGCUUCUUUAGUCAACGAUAGCAAGGCAGACUGGAUUUUUUUUACUUGACUUAUAUUGGUGCCAAAGUUCCUGUUGUACACGAUAAAUACAAUAAUAAUAUUUAUCGUGUAUAAUUAUAUUUUUGUCAUGUUCACUGUUAUGAUUUUUAAUGUUCAUUGUUUAUGUUAAUACGCUUUGUUAUAUUUAACUAAACUUAAGUUAUCUGACAAUUGUGCACCAUUUUUCUUUAAAACGAAUACACAUUUAUUUUUUGUUUAAGCACCAACAUACAUUUCUAAGCGUUUAACUAGCAAUACUGACGAGACUAGACUAUAUUUGGGUGAAAAUAAAAAAUAAAUAGUUUUGACACGACACCUACAAAUUCUGGCCCGGUAACAACCUGUAUUGUGAGUCUUAGUCGAAAUCGUUUGAGCUGAUUACUAUAUCUAGGGACAAAUCAGUGUAUUGUAUAGCAUACAUUAGUAGUCAUUUUACGCGUUUAUUUAUUCGGAAACAUAACACGUAGACAACUGAUGUUUAGACUUGACAUUUGCGACAAUUAACCCAAAAGUAGGUUUUCGCGGUAAUGUUUUUUCAUUUGAUUGUAAGUACCAAAUUGUUUUGAUCAUUUCAAGUUCUCCCAAACGUCAAGGACAAUAUAAUUAUGUAUAUAUUAAAAAGCCAAUAUGUGAUUUUGGACAAAAAAAGAUUUGUCAGUAAUCUGAUGUUUAAAUUUCACCUGAUUUUAUUAUAAGUAGGUGUCCCUGAAAGUACCGACCAUAUCGAACAGGGGUAUGGGAAGGACAAAAUCCAACUUUUAAGCCCUGGUAACGUCAGUGCUAUUCGAAACAGAUCAAUAGCACAUAAUUAAAUAUAAGUAGAAAUGAACUACCUACUAAUUUUUUCAUCGUUUUAUCACCAUAUUGUGGGAAAUGGUUGAAUAAAAUAGUUACAACUUUUGAACCGUUCAGAAUUGCAUAGACAUUCUUUGGGAAAAAAGUUAAGGCAUGACCUUAUCCAUGCAACUGUUUGUUUAUAUCACACCUACUUUAAGGGACACCUCCACGAUCAACUUCAAUAACUAAAGUUAUGAAUAUUAUUUUGUGAUAAGAAAAACUCUUUUAAUUAAGAAUUGAAUAAUUAUAGACUUGUUUGUGUAAUUUGUACGUCUUAUGUCUUUGAUAUUGAUUUCUCUGAUGACUUUUAUAUUAAGAUUAUAAUUA